UUUCCCCCUUGAUUCAGUCAUACUGUGAAACCCCAAAAUUCGCAGCUCCAUUGUUCUACAAAUACAAGGUCAACCCCCCAACACCCCUCAAAACAAAUCGAGAAAUGUUACCCUCUCUCGUUCAGAGCAGCUUCCUUUCACCUUCAACACCCUUCUCCAAAAUCUACUCCAACUUAAACCCUCUAAAGCCCUCCUUUUUACUCCCCAAAUCCCUUUUCCCCAUCUUCACUAUCGUACCUUCCCACAAAACGUCAUCGCUCUGUCUCCCACCCAGAUAUGCUACUUCCAUUCGUGCUUCCAUGCUUGAGUCCCCCGUGGUCUGGGCUAGUCGCCUUUGCAUUUACUACGCUCUUUUGAAGUCUGGGUUAGCUGGAUCUCAGGCUAACCCACUUGUCUCAGGGCUGGAGGGUGGUGAAACUGUUGGGGAGAGUGCUGAUUUGGGUUUCUCUAAGUGGUUGGAGAAUAUACGUGGGAGACCAGACAAGGAAGCGGCAGAUAAAAGAAAGUUGGUGAGCAAAUGGCAUCCAACCACAAAAGGGACACUUAGAAGAAACUACAGGGUCCCUUCCAAAUCGGAAGGUCGACGACUACUUAAAGCAGUUGCAUCCCUUCUCUCUGAUGAUGAUCAUUUCACUGAUGCCACUUCCCACAAGGGUUGCCAGAUAAGGAGGGAGAGUGCUCACGGUGAAAGUGUAUGCUGCAACAACGUUAGAGCUCUGUUUGACGAGCUUCCUACUCCUCAUCUUACAGUCGAAAUCACUCCUUUUCCGGCAGGCCCUCUCACUGAAAUUGAUUACAUCAAGGCUGAGAAAUUGGAAAGGGUUCUAAGGUCUGGCCCUUCUGUUUAAAAAUUGUAAGCGCUCAUUUCGAAUGUAUUAUGUACAUAUUUAGAAUCAUGAACAGGAACUGAAGCUCAAACUGCUUUUGGCCUUUCUAUUUUCACAACUUGACAAUGA